ACAGAUGAACAAGGCCUUAUUGUAGAAGAUUUAGUAGAGGAAGUGGGAAGAGAGGAAGAUCCACAUGAAGGCAAAAUAUGGUUCCAUGGAAAGAUUUCAAAACAAGAGGCUUAUAGUUUGCUGAUGACAGUGGGUCAAGUAUCAAGUUUUCUUGUGAGGCCUUCUGAUAAUACACCUGGGGAUUACUCACUCUACUUUCGAACCAGUGAAAAUAUACAGCGUUUCAAAAUAUGUCCAACACCAAACAAUCAGUUUAUGAUGGGGGGCAGAUACUAUAACAGUAUAGCAGACAUCAUAGAUCACUAUAGAAAAGAACAGAUUGUUGAAGGCUAUUAUCUUAAAGAUCCUGUUCCAAUGCAGCAUCAAGGGCAAGUGCUUAACGAUGUUGUAGAUGGAAAAGAAAUUUACAAUACAAUUCGGCGAAAAACUAAAGAUGCAUUCUAUAAAAAUAUUGUUAAAAAAGGAUACCUUCUUAAAAAAAGUAAAGGAAAGCGGUGGAAAAACUUGUACUUUAUUUUAGAAGGAAAUGAUGCUCAACUUAUUUAUUUUGAAAGUGAAAAGCGAGCGACUAAACCCAAAGGAUUGAUAGAUCUUAGUGUAUGUUCUGUCUAUGGUGUACAUGAUAGUCUGUUUGGCAGGCCAAACUGUUUUCAGAUAGUAGUUCAGCACUUUAGUGAAGAGCAUUACAUCUUUUACUUUGCAGGAGAAACUCCAGAACAAGCACAGGACUGGAUGAAAGUUUUGCAAACUUUUUGCAAUUUACGAAAAACAAGUUCAGGAACAUCUAAUAAGCGCUUGCGUCAGGUCAGCAGUCUUAUAUUGCAUGUUGAAGAAGCUCAUACACUUCCAGCAAAGCAUUUUACUAGUCCUUACUGUAAUAUAUCCCUGAACAGUGUUCAAGUGGCAAAAACCCAUGUACGAGAAGGUCAGAACCCUGUGUGGUCAGAGGAGUUUGUGUUUGAUGAUCUUUCUUCUGAUAUCAACAGGUUUGAAAUAAGUCUUAGUAACAAAACAAAGAAGAGUAAAGAUCCAGAUAUAUUAUUUAUGCGAUGCCAGUUGAACCGACUGCAGAAAGGACAAGCAACAGAUGAAUGGUUUCAGCUCAGUUCACAUGUACCCCUGAAAGGUAUUGAACCAGGCUCUUUGCGUGUCCGAGCACGAUAUUCUAUGGAGAAAAUAAUGCCUGAAGAAGAAUACAGUGAAUUUAAAGAGUUGGUACUGCAAAAAGAGUUGCAUGUGGUCUAUGCCUUAUCUCAUGUGUGUGGACAAGAUCGAACAUUGCUGGCUAGUAUUUUACUUAAAAUUUUUCUCCAUGAAAAACUGGAAGCAUUAUUACUGCGAACACUAAAUGACAGAGAAAUAUGCGUGGAAGAUGAAGCCACUACCUUAUUCCGCGCCACCACACUGGCAAGUACACUUAUGGAGCAGUAUAUGAAAGCUACAGCUACACGGUUUGUGCAUCAUGCUCUGAAGGACUCUAUUUUAAAGAUAAUGGAGAGUAAACAAUCUUGUGAGUUGAAUCCUUCAAAAUUAGAAAAAAAUGAAGAUGUAAAUACUAACUUAGCACAUCUAUUAAGUAUCCUUUCAGAGCUAGUGGAAAAAAUAUUCAUGGCUGCAGAAAUACUACCUCCGACACUGAGGUAUAUUUAUGGUUGCUUACAAAAAUCUGUUCAGAGCAAGUGGCCAGCCAACACAACCAUGAGGACAAGAGUAGUUAGUGGCUUUGUUUUCCUUCGGCUGAUCUGCCCUGCUAUUCUAAAUCCAAGGAUGUUUAAUAUCAUCUCAGAUUCUCCUUCUCCGACUGCAGCAAGAACACUGACGCUGGUCGCUAAGUCUGUGCAGAAUUUGGCAAAUCUUGUUGAGUUUGGAGCUAAGGAGCCUUAUAUGGAAGGUGUAAAUCCAUUUAUCAAGAGUAACAAACACAGGAUGAUCAUGUUUUUGGAUGAACUUGGGAACAUACCUGAGCUUCCAGACACUACAGAGCCCUCUAGAACUGACUUAUCUCGUGAUCUAGCAGCCCUUCAUGAGAUUUGUGUGGCACAUUCAGAUGAACUUCGAACACUCAGUAAUGAGCGAGGGGCAAUGCAGCAUGUGCUAAAGAAGUUGCUGGCAAUUACAGAACUGCUUCAACAAAAGCAGAAUCAGUAUUCAGUGUCUAACAACAUUAGGUAGCAGCUUUCUGCAUGAGCUAGCAUGACCAGUAUGACAACUUUCACCAAUAUCACUUCCUCUUGCUCUUGCCAAAAAUAGCACAUGUUUCACGUUCCCAGUGAUGUGUGAACUAUGCAAAAAACAACAAAUCUGUUGGUGACAGACUGUACCAGCAGCUUUAAGCUAUCUGUGCAGGACACUUGCACUUUUGGAACCAGUUUUCAGGACCUCUGAGCCUUGGUGUACAAAUCACCUUCCACGAAGAUGCUGUGACUGUCUCUUUGAACUUUAAUGUUAUUUCAAACCUCCAAUUGCCAAAGUCUAGCUGUCUUUCAGAAAACAGUCAACUGCCAAUAAAUUGUUUCAACAGCAAAGUAUAACUGGAUCAAAUACCUUUUACUGUAAUUCACUUGGUUACUGUAAUUAUAUUACAAUUGUUCAACCGCUUUGUAUUUACAGCUUUCACAAUUUGAAAGGAAAUCUUUGCUGUACACUUUUUAUACCAUUCUAUUUUGCUUGUUCAGAGUUGAAAGAAGAUGCAGACUGGGUUUUGUCACCUUUUUUUUUUUUAAUGUGCCAUUUAUGAUUUUGAUUAUUUUUUUCACCAAUGAUUGUAUCCAGAUAAAUUGCAUUGUUUUUUGUAAAAUGUUUACAACAGUAAAUUUGAAUUCAGUAAAUUUAUUGAUUAUUAUAUCAGGCAUGCAUGCAUUCAUUAAACAGUUUUAUAGCAUA